GAUGGACGUGCAGAGUGAGUGUGAGGUCAUACCACGAGACUUCCUUUGUUGUAAGCUGUGUGAGGAGGAAUUCAAACAACCCAAAUAUCUCGUCUGCUUCCAUUCGUUCUGUCAGCAAUGUAUUGACAAAUACAUGGUGGAACAUGGCCACAAUGGCUCGUACUGGUGCCCGAUCUGCGGUACCGAAACAACUGGUCAAGAACACGGAACCACUGACCUCUCAGAUAAUAUACUUGCACAGAGACUAGUCAGUCCGUCAAAUGACUCGCAGCAGAAGGACAAAAUAUGCACCAUUUGUAAAAAUGGCGGGAAUUUUAUUGAUGCAAAAGGAUUCUGUAUAAACUGUGAGGAUUUUCUGUGUAGGGAAUGUACAGACUUACAUCUAGAACAAGCAGACACUAGUGAUCAUCAGCUUGAAACUAUGGAAGAGCACAAUAUACGAACAGAGUAUGAAGAAUCUGCUAAAGCAGGCCAUGUUGUCCCACGUUGCUGCUCCUAUUACGACCCUCUAGAUAUAAGUGCUUUGUUCUGCGUGGACUGUGACAUAGCUGUGUGUGGCGACUGUCACCUCUCGUAUCACGAGGAGCACAGGUGCGCAGAAAUGGUCGCUGUGGCGCAAAACUUUCAGAACAAGAUAAAACAGCCACUGGAGGAAUUACAAAACGAUGCCACACAACUGCAAGAAGCAAUGAUCAGUCUUAAGAAAGCUGAACAGAACACUAUUGAACAACAGAAAGACCUCCAUAAAAUUGUGAAAAAGCGAACCAAGUACCUAAGUGAUCUGAUAGCCCAGUACGAGACUGUUCUAUUAGAAGAGAUUGAUAGAAGACAUGCACAACAUCUGGACGACAUUCAUGAGAGGAGGAAAGAUCUUCAGAUGCAUCUAGCUGCAAUAGAUGGGGUCAACGACUUUACUGAGAAACUUUUAUCUUACGGUUCGUUUGAGGAAAAAGUUCUAAUGAGAAAGAAAGUAGGAAAACGUGUAAGAGAACUUUGUGAGGAACCUUUAUUUACAGACUCAAUGGCUAUACAGAAAAUAAAGUUGAUAGAGCCCAAUGUUGCCAUUGAAACAGUGUGUAACAUGUUUGGUGAACUGAAAACUAUUGAAGAGAAUGAAGAAACCGACAACAAGACAGACACUGAGCAAGUGAAUGUUGAUUCUGGUCAUGAAAGUGAGCCUCUAGAUAAUGCAGAAACUGAUGAAAUUUUAGUACCAAAUCAAGAUUACGAAGCUGAAAGUGAUCAGCUUAGUUCUACAACUGGAAGUGAUGUUAAAAUGCUGACACUUAGUAACAAUAGUGAAACACUUCGGAAUGUUAAAUUCAGUGAGGAGGUUGAAGAGGCUGAAUAUGAGGCUGAUAAUACUUUCACUUUAGAUAACCCAAAAAGGGAAAUAACUCUGCCACAUACAAUUCAGCAAGAAUGCCUCAAGGGGAUUGGAAUUAACAAAUACGGUGAUAUGAUAGUUGGAGCAUCUUCAGGAAAUUAUCAAAUUGUGUAUCUGCUUGAAAAGAGGGGCAUCAUUCGCGGUCAGGUACCAGUGCAAGCUGGCUGGACUAUACAUUCUGUUGCAAGUGACGGCAAAGUGGCAUUAACAGUUGCAAGGGGAGAUAACAAAUACAAAAUCAGAGUUCUGAAAAAUGAUGGUUCAGGGAAAAUUCUUGCCAAUAUGCAGAUUGAAAACUAUGGACUGAAUUUCGUUACCUCCGAUCAGUUGGGAAAUUUGAUUGUAGCAUCCAAUCGGUACUCACAUGUAACUAACUUUGGUAAAUUGACCUCAAAAGCAGGAGGUAACAUAAGUUUGUAUGACCAUCAGGGUGUGCUCAAGCGCAGAAUAACAAAUGAAGAUUAUCAAGACUUGGGAAUGUACAUCCUUGAAAAGCCUCACAGUAUUGCUGUGGAUAACAAGUUAGGAAACUUUUACGUCGCCGACCCUGGUAACCAUAAUGUUACUGGCUUUGAUAACACUGGUGAAUUGUUGUUUGAAUACGGAAAUACUGACGAAGAGGCAGAGAUCUAUGAUGGACCUGACCUUGUCUGUACCGAUAGUCAAGGUCAUGUUCUUGUAGCUGAUAAACGUAUGGGAAAAAUAGACAUUCUUACUAACAAAGGUGAACUGAAGAAAUCUUUGUUCACAGAGGAUAUUAUCAAAUAUAUUUCUGUGACUCCGGAUAAACUUCUUAUGGUAGCAACUGGGGAAGGCACUAUCAAGUUCUAUGAAUAUCUUAAUCAAUAGGUCUUAUGUCUGUUUGAGUGUUUGUUAUAAAAAGAAUAUUUUCAGAGAUUUAGGGAACUGGAUAAAUGUGGAUUAGAAUUCCAACAGGGAUAUAUGGGAUAAGCUAAGUAGUGAGUAGUUUUUAAAAUUUGUUUUUCUUAAAUAUAAAAUUGUACAUGGACUUGACCUUGCAGUUUCUGAUUUUUUUUAAACAUGGACCUUGUACACUGCUCGAUUGAGAAAAAGGAGGAAAAAUACUGAUAUUGUAUGUAAAAUAAUUAUAAUCCUUAGUUACUAAAAUGUGACUUUUAUUGGGAAUUGAGCGAAAUAUAUUCAAGUUUUGAUUUUAAUGGAUAUUGUGCAAAAUUUAUUUCACUUUCAAGUGUUUUAUAGGAUUAACAUAAGAAAACACUGUCAGUAAAAUCAAAUAAGUGAUAGUUUAUCUCAUGAUUCUUAAAACACUUACAGCGAAAAUAUACAGGUCAAGUAGAGGAACAUGUUGAAAUACACUUGAUAAGAAUUAUUUUUCAUACCAAAGCAAAAUUUCUCUAUGUAGUUUCUCUAUGUAAUCUUGUGUUUUUGUCUCUUUUAAAGUUUGCCAAGUUGGAAAACAUAUCAUUUGAAAGAUAAGGCAG